AUGGACACCAUCAAGGCACACUUGGACGCGAUGUCUGCCUCCAAGCUGAAUGUGCUGCACUGGCACCUUGUGGAUGACCAGUCCUUUGGCUAUGGCUCCGAGGCCCUCCCAGAGCUGCCCGCGCAGGGAGCUUUCAGCAAGGUGUACAGCCUGGGGGACGUCGUCGAGAUCGUGGCCUACGCUCGCCAGCGUGGCAUUCGUGUCCUGCCGGAGUUUGAUACGCCUGGCCACACCCUGUCAUGGGGCAAGGCCUUCCCAGGCCUGCUGGCAGCGUGCUACGGCGACGAUGGACGGCGGCUGGAAGGCAGGUGGGGGCCCAUCGACCCCACCCGCCCAGAGGCCUACGGGCUGAUGUGGCGCCUACUGCGUGAGGCUGCCCGCGUCUUCCCCGACAGCGCCCUGCACCUGGGAGGGGACGAGGUGGACCCCUCCUGCUGGGAGAGCAACCCAAACAUCACAGCUUGGAUGAGGGACCACGGCAUCGCCCACGACUCAGCUGCCCUGGAACAGCGCUGGCUCCUGCGCAUGCAGGGCCUGGCCCUCGCGCUGGGCAGGGUGCCCGUGGUUUGGGAGGAGGCCUUUGGCAGGGCAGGCGCGGGCCUGGACCCCAAGACCCUGGUGCACGUCUGGAAGUGCAUGCCGCUGGGGCCCGGCCUGGCGUCCCCGGGGCCCGAAGACCCCCACGUCUGGGCCGCCAAGCUGAGCGCCGUGACCGCUGCGGGGCACGGCGCCCUCCUCUCCGCCCCCUGGUACCUGAACCUAGGGACGUUUGCGGAGGAGGACUGGAAGCGGUACUACGCAGCAGACCCCACGGCGUUCCCGGCAAGGAACUCCACCCAGCGCGAUCUAGUGCUGGGCGGCGAGGCCUGCCUGUGGGGUGAGUUCAUCGACGACACCAACGCGCUGCAGAGGGGCUGGCCGGCCGCCGCGGCCGUCGCAGAACGGCUCUGGUCCCCGGGGACGGUCACCAGUCUGGCUGCGGCGGGGCCGCGCCUCGCACAGUUCCGAUGCUGGCUGCUCAAGCUGGGCAUCCCCGCUGCACCCCUGGGGCCUGGCAGCUGCCAGUGA